AAGUUUAAAGAUAUAUUAUAUGCACAGAGGUUUUUUAUAACGACCUAUUGUCUGAUUUAAAAUUUAAGGAUCAAUCGUGAUUGUAAAGACUUGUUAAUACGGGUUGUAUAACGCAUGAUAUGUUGUCGUCAAGAUUUCCACCAAUCAUAGUGUUAAAUAUUUUACUAUACUGUUAAAUAUCGGAGUGGUAAUGAUUAACACCAAAUAUGUAAAUGUGUAAACAUAUUUCUUGAAUUAAUACACACUGCAGCCUUCGCCUUGGUUACAGCAUGUAUUCAAUAUCUGUUGCGAAAUCAUGGCGAGCCGCUUAAUGUCAUACACAGACAAACGAUUUAUUUGCGGUAUACAUUAUGAAAAGGUUUUACCAAAUUUGUUCAUGUCGAAGUUUUCGGGACAUACGUCUCGAUGUUCUGGAUUCUCCAGUAGCAGUGAUGCUAAGCUAAAAGCAAUUACCUCUUCCCUUCCGGGAAAAAACCGUAUGAUGACUAAAGCUGAGUUAAAGAAUUUCCCCGGACAUUUGCAACGUUAUAAGAAAUACGGUGGCUUACCUGAAUUUCACAAUAUUGAUCGCAAUAGACACGGUCUCAUUACAUUGCCAACAGAUCGAUUCAUGCUGGUUCUAACUACUUCCAAGAAUAAUGUACAUGCCCAAUUAGUCAAUCGCAGCAGAAAUUAUCGCACUGUAUUUGGGUCAUUCGCAGGUAAUGUUGGUAUAAACAAGAAGCAGCAACAGAGCGAACGUUGUGCAUAUCGCAUUGGGGAGAAUAUGGCUAAGAAAUGCAAGCGCCUGGGUGUAUUUGCAGUGGAUGUGAAGUUUCGUAGACUUAUGCGUAUAGAGACGGUGCUACAAGCAUUCCAAGCUGAGGGGCUUCAAGUAGGCCAACUCAUUCAUGAACCCCGCUUACCGAAAACGGGUAUUAACUCAGUACGCCCUCGUCGCCGGCGCAGAGUUUAACCACAUAUAUGAUGUAGAUAUGCCAUGUAACGAUGGACCACU